AUGUCGACAACAGCUCCAACCAUUCUAGAAAAACCUAAAUCACGGUCGAGGACCGGUGGGGGUAGCAAAGGCGGUGGUGGUACGGGUGGGGGUGGUGGUGGUGGUGGUGGUGGAAAUCAAGCUACUGUCCGCUUGAGGAUCGUCGUCCGCCAUCUUCCAAGUUUGCUUAAAGAGGAAGAAUUUAAAGAAGCUCUAGCAGAAUACAUUAAUGAAGAAACUACGGAGUGGUUUAGUUGGAUACAGGGCAAAAUUCCGUCAGAUCGUAACAAACUACCUACCUUCUCACGCUGCUAUAUCAAAUUUAAAACACCUGCACAAAUAACUGCUCUCAACGAUGCUCUCCGUAACCAUGGCCAAUUUGUGGAUUCUAAAGGCAACGCCACAAACCCACAGAUGGAAUAUGCACCUUUUCAGAAAUUCCCGAAAAAAGGCAUUCGUGUAGAUGCUAGGGCUGGAACUAUUGAUAGUGAUCCAGAUUUUAUCACCUUUAUCGCAUCUCUCAAUGGAUCAUCUGCUGUUCCCACAGCAGGUGAUGGCGCUCAAGCUGAUGGAACCACCACUGACGGUGCAGCGACUGCUGGUGGGCGUACAGUCGUCCAAGAUGAUCCCUUAUCUGCCCCUUUGCCAACUCCGGAGAAAGAAGGGAAGCCCAAAACAACACCUCUUGUCGAGUUCAUUAAGCAGCAAAAGGCUGCGGCAGCCUCUGAUAAGGCUUCAACAGGAGGGAGAUCUAAGUCUGAUAGAUCAAAAGAUAAAGACGGGAAAGAAGGCUCGAUGAGGCGGUCAGAGAAACGGCGGCUUGAGAAGAGCAGAGGAAAAGGAAAGGACAAGGACGAUAACGAUAAGGAAGACAAAGCCACCAAGCAGGCAGCUAGGACUGUUGAUAUGGAGACAGCAACUCUCCUAAGGCGUGAGGGAUCAGGCGUUGGGACACUCAGACGUGAAGGGUCGGGUGUUGGAAGUAUACUUCGCAAUAUGUCUAGCUCCGGAUCAGGAUCGAAAUUAGAAAAAAGUCCAGCUGCCGAUACGGAGAAGCCAAAAAGAGAAAGACGCCGGGAACGCGGAAAUGCAAGCAGUGUUGCAGCUAUCCUUCAGCGCGAUCUAGGUCUUGCUGGUCCUCGUCGUUCUCGUGUUAGCAAGACUGCCCUUGAGACUGCCGCUUCUGUUGUUGAAGGCACCAAUUCCACCCCCGCUCCUGCUACCGUUCAAUCUGAUGCGCCACCGGCAAUUAAUGCGACCCUCUCUUCAAAUAAUCCACAAUCCCAGCAAGAAACAGCAACUAAAACACCUCGUUCCCGUGGUGGUUCCCGUCGGGACCGGCGCAAUCGUCUAGAGCGUGAAGAAAGUGCGAACACCACUGCAUCUGGUUCACCACCUCAGGCAAAUACAACUCCUGUGGCUAUCCUUAAGAAGCAGGUCUCCUUAAAUACUGGCCCCCCGCCAGUUUCUACAUCAACAAUGCCAACACUACUUAAACGCGAAAGCUCUGUUUCUGGUUCUUCUGCGGCUGCAUCAAGUGGUCCAGCAGUUACACCAGCUAGUCCGGGUAAAAUACAGAGUCCUACAACACCGACAGCACCAAAAGCUGGUGGCGGCGGUGGUGGUGGCGGGAGACGUCAUGGAAGAGGUGAAGGAAGAGGUUCCAACGCUACUGGAGGAGGAGGAGGAGGUGGUGGAGGUGGAGGCAGACGUGGAGCUCAGCAUCCGACUUUAAUAGAAACCCAGGCAGGGAUUCCUACUGCUCCUGCUGCCGAUACAAAUGGGCCUGGUGGUGGUGGUAGUGGUGGCGGUAGGCAGGGUAGGGGACGGAGGGGUAGUAAUAGUGGAGGCGGUGAUGGAGGAGGCGGAAGAGGUGGGUUUAGGGGUGGAAGGGGUAGGGGCGGUGGUGGGAAAGGAAGAGGAGGGGCUGCCAAUGCGAAUGCGGCUGUUAACACCAGCGGUGGUGCUGGAGGAGAUUAA